GCUUGUACCAGCUUACACAUCUACUGGUAUCACGGGGCGGGACUAGUUAUGGGGUGGGGGCAUAUUCCUCGAUCGACCGAACUUGGUGAAUGAUGACAAAAGAAAAAGAGGCGCGACCAAUAAGAAGCAGCGAAAGCGGAACUGUUCGCCGAAUUAAACAGUACACACUGCUGACGAGACUUGGGCAGGGUUCCUUCGCCGAGGUAUUUUUAGCAAAGUCAGACGUUGACGAAACCUACUGCGCCGCGAAAGUAUUUGACAAAUCAUUAUUAAGACGAAAAAGAACAAUUUCGCGCACAGUAGAAGGUUUUAAGAUCCAUAGCGAGCUGGAUAAGGCGCGUCCUCACCUAAGGCUCGAUCAUAGCCAACAUCGCCCGGGAAAAUCAGGUUGAUAAGGAAAUUGGGAUCAUGAAGAAAUUGGUUCACCCAAACCUCGUCCGUCUCCUCGAGGUGAGCAUCCUAGUGUUCGCCAUGAGUAGUUCUCCAAAUUGUAGGUAAUUGAUGACAAGAAAGACAACCAGCUAUUCCUCUUAAUGGAGUUUGUGGAGCUCGGGCCAGUCAUGAAAUACGAUCGUGAAACGAACAAGUUCACAUCUACAGUGACGGGCGGUCUCUGUGAAGAAAGACUUGCGGGCCAGUAUUUGCUGGAUAUUGCUUCUGGGCUUGGAUAUCUUCACCUUCACCAUAUUGCCCACCGCGACCUUAAGCCGGACAACGUCCUUCUCGGUAAACUUGGUCGCUGUAAAAUUGCAGAUUUUGGUGUGGCUCAUUACUUUGAGGAGGACCACGCAAAUGACAAGUAGACUGUCGGCCGCGUCCUUUUUUCUUUCUCAAUCCUUGAUAAUUUUAUUUGGAAUAGAACCCUAUCUGUACGAUCCCUUGAGAGGUCUCACAGCCGGGCGCAGAUUCGAGAUACCCAGGGCACUUACUGCUUCUGGGCCCCGGAGAUGAUCCAGGCCAGUCAACUGCGUCUCUGAGUAUUAAAAGCAACACACUCAAUUUUUUUAAUUUAGGGUGACAAAAAGUUCAAUGCAUAUUCCUGUGAUAUGUGGGCAGCAGGCGUGUGCUAUUUUAUAUUCGUGACUGGGAAGUUGCCCUUUUAUGCCGAAUCACCUGUCGAAAUGUUUGAUUUCAUUGCCCAAGCGUCUCCUGUAAUUCCGAACACCCUAAGUAAUCACAGCAGGCGGGUCAUCUUUGGCCUUUUGGCAACUAAUAUUGACACGCGACUCACUGUCCAAGACUUGCAGUCUGAUCCCUGGCUAAAAAGCACUGAACUACAUUCAACAGCCAAUGGCCCUGAUAAUCUCCACCUCUCGGCUGGUGACAUUCAUCACGCAUUCCCAACAAUGACUGUAAAGCAAAGAAUGUCAGUUUGUCUAAGUGGUGCUAGGAAUUCCAUUGCAAGUACACUUAGUCAAGCCAGCGAGGCUUUCCACCAGAUACGCCGCCGCAGCUAUACCUUUCAGGGCAGCCAGACUGGUCCGAAUGAGUAGAUUUAGACCCAGGUGCUACUUAGGCUAUCCUGAGCAAGUAUCAGGCCUUAGGAUAUCAGAAGAGUUACGUUAAAGCAACAUCCAUGUAAUGCCCUUCGUCAGUCUCCUGGUAACAGGACGGGUGAGUGACCGAUCGGCGAGUUCUCGCUGUUCAUGAACUGCAGCCUACAGGGGACUGCUCAACCAUUGUGCGCACUGGUUCGGUCCCCAUGGAUAUAUCGAGCCCCAUGGAUAAUUUGGCGCAGGAACUCUGGGGGUGAAUGUAGCCCGGAGAGAUACGUCGAUUUCCGGCCUCGAACCACACCGACUACGACUCGACUACAUAGAUAUCUGAGGCACCGCUCAAGCGGUUGACCGUGCCCACUGGAUUACAAUCCUUGACUACUA